AUGGCAGCAGUAGAAGAAGCGCAAUUCUGGCAAGCUAUUGGAAUAUUGAUAAAAAACUACCAUGCCUUGAAUAAAAAGAUAUUCGAAGUGGUGAUUACCCAAGUGGAAAAACAGCAAGAUGGACUACUGCGAGGUUCUAGCGAAGAGGAACUAGUGAAGUCCCUAAAAGAAGAGCUAAGCAACCGCACGUGCACAGGAUUUAAGAUUCGAUUCAAACUGCUGCCCAAGAAGUUGCAGGAUAACAUCUUGGGAACCGGAAUUGUGGAUUUUGUGGAAUGCAAAUAUGAGUGCCAGUUUGCCAGCGAUGAUAUUGAAGACUUCUCGGUGCAGCUUUCAAAGGGACAACUUCUUCUGCAAGCCAAACAAAACCAAAAUUGGUUAGAGUUUGUCCUUAAACCAAAGCUUCUCAGCUGGUCCCAAUCCAAGCAGAACGAAUCAAAGGUGAAGUCAUUGGGCUUGUUAAAUUUGGAAAAGUAUAACGAUCUGUACAAGAAGUUGAAACAGAAGCAUUCCCAUCGACUACUUGAGUACUGGAAAACGGCUCAAGAGUCCACGGAUCCGCUGAAGUUCAUCUACGAGGAUUUGGCCAUUGCCGCCUAUCUUAUUGUACUUUGGAGUCAAACCCAAUCCGAGCCUAAAGCUUUUGCGGAUUUGGGCUGCGGAAAUGGUUUAUUAGUGCAUGUCCUUAAUGAUGAAGGCUACAAGGGCUAUGGUUACGAUAUAAGGAAGCGAAAGCUGUGGUCUCUUUAUCCGGAAGACACGAAACAAAACCUCAUCGAAAAGGCGGUGGAGCCAAACAGCUUUCGUUUGGAUUUCCCAGACAUAGAUUGGUUAAUUGGGAACCAUUCGGAUGAACUUUCUCCCUGGCUUCCUGUUUUGUCUGCACGUUUAAACACCAACUAUUUUCUGCUACCCUGCUGUCCUUUUGAGCUUUCUGGCGCCAAAUUCCGAAGACGAAAUACCAAGAUAAGUGCCUACCAGGACUUCUUCCAAUAUGUUACGCAGGUCUCCAAAGAAUGUGGCUUUGAAGUUCUACAAGACCGUCUGAAAAUACCGAGUACUAAGCGCUUGGCACUGUUGGGAAUUAAAAGGAACACCUCAAAAAGCAUCACCAGCGUAGAGUACUUUGUGCAGGAGGAGUUAAGGAAGUACAGAACUGGAGAGUCGGAAGUUAAGUUGCGAGAGAAGGGAGAAUCCGUUCGCAAUUGCACGCAAGUGGACAAAACUAUUAUUGAUGGUCUGGUGCUAAAGAUCUUCAAUCAGAUCUUGGCUUCUAGUGAGGAUAAAUGGGCAGGUCGCCUUUCUAUGCGAGAGAUCGCCCAGAGUCUUUCCAAAGAAGAACUGAGUGGCAUAAAAUCCGAGUGCGGCGGUAUUAAAACCUUGCUGAGAAAUAAACACGAAGUAUUUGAGUUCUGUGGCGGCGAUCUUAUAGGGAUAAAAACACCAAAGCCAUCAACUCAUCUUCCAUCUCGUCUGACCACCAAAAAGCGCAACUGUUUCUUUAAACAGCACCACCCACUCGGAUGUCCCCUUCUGGAUGUCGAUUGCUCCUUCAUACACUAACCUCGACUAUUGUGUGUGGCCCUUGCUCACGUUUAUUGUUUGGAUCAUAAUAUAAAGAAAAGUGCAUGUGUUUGCCAAUCGGCAUGAA